AUGGCGGCGGUACUCUUUGAUAGACGACGACAACAGGUCGGUGAGUCGUUUGAUGAUUUUGUCACAGAUCUUAAACUACUCUCAAGAGGUCUAGCAUUAAGUGAAUCAGAUAAACUGAUUCGCAAUGCUAUAGUUUGCAAAUCUAGAGAUGAAAGAGUCAGACAGAGAUGUUUGGAGAAAGGAGCAGAGUUAACGCUAGACAGAGCAAUAGAGAUGGGUCGAAGAUUGUGUGAAGCGACGCAAGAUGGUUUGAAGAUAAUUGACGGCGAAGACGCCAAAAUAACCGUGAACAAAAUCGCGCAUAAAUCUAGUGGAAAAAGCAAACAAAAGAUAAAGCGGAAAGCAAAGCCACCGAAGAAAGUGUAUGAGAAUCCGCCAAGUAGAAAAGAAACAUGUCGCCGGUGUGGCUAUGAAGCUCAUGAACAAGGCCAAAAAUGUCCAGCCAAGAGUGAAAAAUGUAAUGUCUGCCACAAAAUUGGUCAUUUUGCACGCGUGUGUCGAAAACGUAGAGAAGUCAGUAGGAUAAACGAAGUCAGCGAAGAAAGUAGUAGUGAUGAAGAUAUGAAGCUACUCGAAGUUCUAAGCGUGAACACAAAGAACGCCAAAGAUAAUGAAUGGUGGGAGACAGUGGAGAUAGGCACCUCAAAAGUUGAAUGUCAGCUGGAUACAGGAGCAAAAGUGUGUGUGGUGAAUUUGACGCAAUUAUACGACAUAGAGCCAAAUGCUGAGAUAACGCCAACCAAGAAAAAACUAGUAUCGUACAGUUGUCACACCAUCACUCCUCAUGGUUAUUCAUGUCUAGAAGUACGCCACAGGAAUACCAAAUGUCGGUUAAAGUUUUACAUCGUAGACAACAGUCAUAAGCCAAUUCUGUCUGCAGAAGCGUGUAAAGUCCUUGGACUAAUCGAGAGAAUUCACUCCAUUGACAAAGAAGUCACGGAAACUCUAAAGGAAUUCCCAGCCUUAGUCGAAGCCACGGGAGCACUCCCAGGCAUCUAUACUCUCAAGAUUGACCCAACAAUAAAACCAGUAGUCCACGCCCCAAGAAGACAGCCUGCUGCUCUAUUACCAAAAAUAAAAAAGAAACUGGAAUAG